CCCCCGCGCGUGCACAAAGGGGCGGGGCCCCACGGCAGGUUGGAGGCGGCGGCGAUGGGCGAGUCGCGGCUCCUGUCCCGGGCCGAGGCGCUGGAGCUCGGGCCCGGCUGGAGACACGCGUGUCACGCGCUGCUCUGCGCGCCCUGCCCCGGGCGGCUCUUCGGGCGCGUCCCGCUGCGCCACGCCGUGCUGAUGCAGAUGCGCUUUGACGGGCGGCUGGGGUUCCCGGGGGGGUUCGUGGACCCCCGGGACGGCUCCCUGGAGGCCGGGCUGAACCGGGAGCUGCGGGAGGAGCUGGGCCCCGGGGCGGCCCCCCUGAGCCUGGCCGAGGGCGACUAUCUCGGGGCGCGCUGCGAGGAGACGCCCCAGCGCCUGGUGGCUCAUUUCUACGCCAAGCGCCUCCGCCUGGAGCAGCUGCGAGCCCUGGAGGCCGGAGCCACGGAGGCCAAGGAGCACGGGCUGGAGGUCCUGGGGCUGGUGCGUGUCCCCCUCUACACGCUGCGGGAUGGGGCCGGGGGGCUCCCCACUUUCCUGUCCAACAGCUUCGUGGGCUGCGCCCGGGAGCAGCUUCUCCAGGCGCUGGGGGCCCUGGGGCUGGUGCCUGAGGCCGAGCUCCGCCGGGCCGACGCUGCCUCUCGGAAACGACCGUGACCCCCCCCCAAAACAUGACUCUGGGGGGGGCGGACCACACGCAGCCCGUCCUGUGCAGGGCCGGGGCCUGGGGCAGUGAAUGACGAGGGGUCCCCCUGUGACUGGGGCGGGGGAGGGGUUCAGGGGAUGGCAGGUUCAGCCCCCCCAAAAUACCCUGGGGUGGGGGGGGGGCUGUGACUCUUCCCUUCCUGGCAGGAAGGGGUUAAAAGAAUAAAGUUACCUCUGCCCCCCCCUGCCUUGGUCUGUGGUGAAUCAAGGAGGGGCAACUGCCCCCCCCAAACUGCCCCCCCAAAACUGCCCCCAGGUGUUUUGGGGCCCAACACUAAUAAACCUGGAUGGAAAUGGAACAGGUCGUGUCAGGUGGGCUGUGGGGCAUGGAGGGGCUGUGCGGGAGGAGGGACC